AUGGACAAUAAAUUCUUUAUUUGUAUUGUAUUAUUUUUUAUUGGAAUAAUUGAAAGAAAAGUUUCUAGUGAACCAAUUCAAAUAGUUAACUAUACAAUCCCAGAGCUUGCUAUCUAUAGAUUAAACUCAAGAUUAUGCUCCACAAGUUUUACAAUUCAGUUUGCAGCUGAUUUUUUAAUUGAUAAUAAGAAUUUAUCUUCUGAUAAUACUUCUUUAAUAUCUAUCACUGGUAAAGAGACUCUUGGAAUCAGUUAUGGUCUUUCAAAACAAAUUUUCAAAUAUAAAAUAGAUUAUACGUAUGGAACUCCUACUCUCAAUUUCUCUCUUUUGAAUGGUACUUCUCCCCCAUUUAAGUUUUCUAUUCCCAGUGGAGAAUGUAUUGAUCAAUCAUAUAUUUGGGAAAAUGUUAAAAUAAUGAAGCCUGAAUAUUAUUCAAAUAUUAUGUAUAUGGUUUUGGAAUUUCCUCCAAACCUGAAAAACUUCCACAUUACAACCAUUACUCAAUACACUUGCACUACCAAUAGUAUAGUUUAUAUUUGUGGAUCAUCUCCCCUUUCAAACAACUAUAGAAACCUAUUUGUACAAACUAUGCCAUCAAAUAUAAAUACUCCACUUCCAUCUACCAUUAAUAUUCAACUCUCACUAGAUGGAAUGGUUUUUCUAAAUAGAACUUUUGAUUCACUUUUCCCUUGGAAUGUUGCAAACAAUGGUCCAAGUUACUUCUUUGACCCUGCGUAUAGAAUGAUGGUUAAAGAUCAAAAUGACACUCAUACUACAUAUCAAUCAUACUCCAGUCCUAACUACCUAGGUUCAUUUUAUCUGGUCGAAAAUCAAAUUAAUCUAAUAGCAACUUAUCAGACUUUUAUUCUUAUCAAUGAUCCACCAAUCCCUAUUACCUUAGAAGAAAAACCAAUCUCUCUUCAAGUCAAUUUAUAUUCCUAUAGAUUUAACACAAGUUCUCCUUACCUCAGAUAUAGUCUUGAAAAGGUAGAAUUUAUGGUGAACGUUCAUUCACAGAGUAUGAAUUUAAUUACUUCAUCUGAUAAAUUUGAUUUCAAAGUUGAAUUACCAUUGGCCAAUUCAACCCCAGGAUCAUUUUAUUCUUCUUGGGGAUAUAAUUAUUCAGAUUUAAAAUCAUUCAAUAUUUUAAACAAUGGUUCAGAUUUUUAUGUAAAGAGUAUAGAACGAAUCCAAUUGACUCCUUAUACAUAUAUAUUUAGAAUAGAUAUUACUUCACCAGUUGAAAUAUUAUAUAUAUACUAUCCCUAUCUUUCAUAUCAAUUGGCCAAUGCAGUAUAUAUUGGAAACCAAAGUUAUAUUUUUGAGACAGUUCUUAGAAACUUUGAAAAUAUAGACUCACUAAGAAUAAUCAAUGCAAAUGGAAAUUCAUUACAAAUUUCCUCUGGUGAACCGUACAAUAGAAAUUUUGAUAUCCUAAAGUUUGAUGACACUAUUUUUGUUGCAUAUCCAUUUAAUGAAAAAUCAAUAUUCAAAUUUGAAAAGAAUAAUAUUGAUUUGACAAAAGGACCAGUGGAUAAUAUAUUGAUAAUGAACUUCACUGUCAAUGAUCCUACUUUGGAACCAUUACUGUAUAUAGAUAGAUACCUUAGCUUCAAAGGAUAUUUUGAUUACUCAGAUAAUCUUUUCAAGAUUCCUUUCACUAUUCCUACAUGUUUUCCUAAGGGAAAAAUCAAUUAUAUUAUCGUAAAUUCAUUGCUCCAAUCUGUUUUAGGUCGUGAAUCAUUAAUAGUUAGUAAAUCAAACGGUGAUUUAAUUCCACCUAUGAUUACCAAUGUCACAGUUAGCCUAUCAAACGUGACAAUAAAAAGCAAUCAAAAUAUUUCUUUGUAUUGGAAGAUUAGAAUAGAAGAUAAGAAAGGUGGAUUCUUCAAUGGAACUAUUCAAUUACUCUCGUCUAUUGAUCCACUAUUGAUGACGGUCUCGAUUAAUGAAAGUAAUAGAAUCAAUGGAGAUGAGUACCUUGUAACUUUCAAUCUAGAAAACUUUGAAUGUAGAUCACAAACUCUUAAACUUUUCAAUGCUACACUUUUCGAUAGUUCUGGAGCAAAUUUAUACAACACUGACACAGUUAAGUAUGAUUCAUUUCUACCAAUAUAUGGAACUGCUCUUGAAGAACAAAUGAAAGUUAAUAUUAUUUGUGAAGUUCCAGAACUUGAAAAUAGAAGUGGACCAACUCUUGUCAAUUUAGAAGUUACUCCGAAGAUUAUUGAUGUUUCCUCCAAUAAUAGGACAAUUGAAUUCCAAGUAUUUACUUCAGAUAGUGUUGGAAUUUCUCCUAGACACAAGCCCACAAUUUUCCUAACUUCUCCUUUAGUCGACCCAAUUAGUAUACCGAUGGAAAUAUAUUCAAUUAACACAACCAAUGCUCACUAUACUGCAACCUAUCAGCUUCCAUUUGGAUAUGGAACAAGAGAUGGUAUCUUCAUAUCUGUUUAUGGAUUGGUUAACAGGCAGUCAUUUUAUAGUUCAUAUUUAACUUCACAAUUGAAAUCAGAAUCUCUUCCUUUUAUGAUUUCAAGAGUAUUUAAUAAUACCAGAAUCUAUUCACCUUUCAUUGAAAGUUCAUCAUCGAUAUCAACUUUAGGAGGUGAAAUUUUGAUUUAUGGAAAGUAUUUUGAUCCAAAGUACAAUCAAGUUCUCAUUGAUCUUAGAGAUGGAUUCGGAUAUACUUCUAGUGUAAUAAAAUUAAACUCAUACUCUGUUAUAAAGAUAGAGAUUAGAGAAACAAAUGGACCUUUUGAUGUAAGAGUCAUAACAAAUGGAAAAUAUUCAAAUAUAUUUACCAUCUAUCCAAGUAUUAUACCCAAACCAACUACAACACCGAAGCCAACACAACCUUCAACACUUUGUCCAGGUACACCAGUUUGCAACAAUCGUGGAAAUUGCACUUCGAAUGGAUGUAAAUGUAAUCAACCAUGGACAGGUCCAUCAUGUUCUUCUGAAAUCAUUGUGAUUUUACCACCCGAACCACAACCUGAACCGAUCACAGGAACAAAUGUAACCGAUUCCAAAUCAGAUAACAGAGUGGAAUCAAAUAUCAAAGUUAUGGAAAUCAGAGAAAUCGAUGAUCUUAAUAAUAUCAUUCAAAGAUUCGAAAUCAAACAUUGGGAUUUCAAAGAUAUGACAAUCAAUUCUUCAAAUCCAACCUAUCUUUACAACACAACUUUGAAUCAAACAACAACAGCAAUCAAUGUGACAAUCAUGUAUUUCAAAGAUGAAACAACAAUCAGAUUUGGAAAUCAAGAUUUGAAGAUGCAAGCAUCAUCAAUCAAAUUCACGAUUGAACUCUCAAGUUUUGAUUUCACAUCAAGAACCAAUUCAUUACAAGUGGUGAUGGAAGCAACAAUCAAAGGAUCAAACAAAGAUUCUUGUUCAUCGAAAGACUAUGGAAGUGAAGAUGGAACCAAAGACAAUAUCCAAUGGAUCAAAAUGGACAUUGAUAAGACCAGUCUUUAUGGAAGGUUCAUCACUUUUGGUAUUAUCGAUCAGAGACCCACUGUUGUCAACAAUCGUAUCAUCGAAGAUUCUCUUGAUAUCAAUAACACUACUCAAGAUUCAUCCCAAUUUAGAUCUACUAAAGUUGGAAUAACGAUACCUUUUUAUGUUGAAAAAGCUAUUAUUGAUCCCGAUUUUUCAAACUUGGUUACAGUAGAUGGAAAUUCGCAAAAUAGUUUAUGUACAAACAAUGAUGAUAAAAAAUUGAGUACAGCUGCUAUCAUUGGUAUCACUGUGGGUUGUGUUGCCGCUGCUUUAAUAAUUAUAACUAUUGUAAUCAUUAAAAAGAAAUUCAGAUAUCAAAUCAAAAACAUUACGAAUAUAAAAUUAAGAAAAAGAUUAUAA